CACGGCAGCGAUCAGAGGAGGAGGCGCCGGGAAGGAGGUCGGACCUCUGGUCCGCUUCCGCCAGGACCUCCUCCAUCCCCCGGAGAGCUGGUGCUGACGUGUCAGUCGGGAACUUCUCAAACCGUCCUGGUGUCGCCCCGCCCCUUGCGCUCCGCCCGCCCCUUGCGCUCCGCCCGCCGCCCGGUCCGGCCGCCUCCUCGGCGUCGCCGGCUCCCCCGAGGUGACGACAACAUGGCUGCGGCGGCCAGGGGGCUCUUCUGCCUGCUCCUGCUCGGGCCGCCCUGGCCGGGGCUGGGCCUGACGGACCUGGACACGGGCCGGCGCUUCUCGGAGCAUAAACUCUGCGCCGACGACGAAUGCAGCAUGUUAAUGGUCCGAGGUGAGGCUCUGCAAGAUUUUGCAGGCCCGGAUUGUCGUUUUGUGAAUUUUAAAAAAGGAGACCCUGUAUAUGUCUACUAUAAACUGGCAGGGGGAUCGCCUGAAGUUUGGGCAGGAAGUGUAAGUAAAAAGUCGACGUCCUUUCUUUUCUUACAUUUUAUCAGCUUAACACCGUAGCUUUAAAUAACUGUUUUCUUGGAAUCUUUGAUGGAGUGAACCUGUCCGCUCUGCCAGGCUGUGGAAAAAGAUGAUGGCCCUGUGUCCCCAGCAGGUGUCAGGCUUGGCACGGACUAAGCGCUCAGCAGAGGUUUCCUGAACAGAACUGAAGUGCUGCUGACUCCUCAGCAUCACCCUCUAGGCCUCAUCAGCCACGGAUGCUCCACGCGUAGUAAAGGGUGAAAUGGUGAAACCUGGAAACCCUUAACUUCAUUCCUUCAAAAAGAAAGAUUCGUGGGCAUUAGACUUAAUCCUAGAAACUGUGUGCAAAAUAGUGUUCCAGGCAUUCAUGGUUAAAGGUGAUUUUACUUGUAUUUUUUUUCUAAAUUAUUAAUAUUUGUGAAAACCUGGCAGCUCUGAGAACAGUUACCUAAUCAUGCAUUUCUUUGCAACUUCUGGGUCAUCCUUUCCCUGCUUUUGAGGCACUUGCUCGAAGAGGUUCCCUGAGUGGCAUUCUUCCUGAUAUCUGACAUGGAAAUCAGUGAAGGCAUCAUGCUUUGAUGUUUUUACUGAGGAGAUCCCCUAGGAGUGACCUGGUAGAGAAGCUCUGAGUCAUUGCCCUUUCCUUUUUAUAAAGUGUCGUGUGUGGACUGUUUGUUUACUGAAAGUAGUGGGUCCUUGAUGUCCUUAGGGUUCUCCAAACUUAGAGUAAUAUCCAGUCCCAACUGAGAAAACUUUCACUCUCCGUAAAACACCAAACAAACGACAGAAAAUAAGGCUUGAGGAGCCGGCCCUGUGGCCGAGUGGUUAAGUUUGCGCGCUCUGCUUUGGCGGCACAGGGUUUUGCUGGUUUGGAUCCUGG